UCACAUAAUAUUUGUGGAUAAGAUUUCUUAUUUCUUGUCACAACACAUAACUCAACUCCCUAAAAUCUACUUAUAAUCUUCCUCAAACAUUCCUCUCUUUCUCUCUCCUCCCCAACUAUCUUUUAAGGACCGUAAUGGAGGCAGCUCGUUGACUCUCCUUGGAUACAUGGCCUAUGAUUUCUCCACUUCAAUAAUUUGGCCAGGGUGUAUGCAAGGUGGUUUAUAAUCAUGUUCUGCUAAGGCUCUGAAGUCGGAUUUCUUGCUCUGAAGGUGAAAGAAGCGGUUAAUUGUUAUCCAAGGAAGUGGCACAAACCUCUGCAUGGAAAAAAGGAAAGGACAAACAAAUUCAAGGGAGAAAUGGGUUCGAGCUUCACCAGCUGUGGAUAAAGUAUAUCCAACCUCUGCUUCAAAUGAGAUUCCUUCUGGGAACUGCUGCAUUGUCUGCUUGGAAAACCGCGGUUGUCAUGCAGUUCUGUCUAGAACGAAACUGAUGACCAAGUUAGUGAAAAGGAAGAAACCUGAGGAAGUAUUUGCCAUCUUUGAAAGCUUAACAGAAGAGGGACACAGGCCAACUCUUGUGACAUACACUACUCUCUUAGCUGCCCUUACUGCUCAGAAGAAGAUCAAAUCAAUUCCUUCUCUCAUCUCUACGGUUGUGGACAAGGGAUUGAAACCUGACUCUAUAUUCUUCAAUGCUGCCAUAAAUGCGUAUUGUGAAGCAGGUGACAUGAAAGGAGCGAUGAGAAUAUUUUACAAGAUGAAGCAAAAUGGCUGUAAACCAACUAUCAGUACUUUCAAUACAUUGAUAAAGGGAUAUGGCCUAGCUGGGAAGCCUGAAGAAUCAUUGAAGUUACUAGAGCUGAUGUCAGAAGAAGAAAAUGUCAAACCAAAUGACAUGACUUACAAUAUUCUAGUUCGAGCUUGGUGCAAAGUAAGCAUUAAUGAAGCAUGGAAUACAGUGUAUAAAAUGGUAGCCACGGGUCUGCAACCUGAUGUAGUCACUUACAACACAUUAGCGAGGGCUUAUGCACAGAAUGGAGAGACUUAUAAAGCUGAAGCAAUGAUACAUGAAAUGCAGAAGAAUAAAAUUCAGCCUAAUGAACGGACAUGUGGUAUCAUCAUCAGUGGGUAUUGUACUGAAGGAAAUAUGGCUGAUGCAUUACGAUUUCUCUAUCGGAUGAAGGAUCUAGGAGUGGUUCCCAAUCUUAUUGUGUUCAACACUCUGAUAAAAGGAUUUUUAGACUCCAUGGACACUGAUGGUGUUGAUGAGGCAUUAUUUUUGAUGGAAGAUUUCGGGAUCAAGCCAGAUGUGGUCACGUUUAGCACAAUAAUGAAUGCAUGGAGUUCAGCAGGACUAAUGUCAAAAUGCCAGGAUAUGUUUGAUGACAUGUCAAAGGCUGGCAUACAACCUGAUAUUCAUGCGUACAGCAUCCUUGCCAAAGGCUAUGUCCGUGCAGGCGAGCCUGAUAAAGCAGAAGCACUCUUGACGUCUAUGAGUGAAUCAAGUGUACAUCCAAAUGUCGUGAUAUUCACUACUGUGAUCAGUGGUUGGUGCAGUGUAGGAAAGAUGGAAUAUGCAAUGAGAGUGUAUGAGAAGAUGAAAGAGAUGGGGGUUUCACCAAAUCUGAAAACUUACGAAACUUUGAUAUGGGGUUUUGGAGAAGCCAAGCAGCCUUGGAAGGCAGAGGAUUUGCUCCAAACCAUGGAUGACAGUGGCAUCUAUCCUAAAGACAGUACCGUCAGACUUGUUGCAGAUGCUUGGCAUUCAAUUGGUUUAGUAAACGAGGCCAAAAGAGUAAUGAAUAAUGUCCUAACACACGACAUACAUACAAUGAAAAAGGAUCAAGGAAUCGAGAAGCCUGCUGAAAGUUUGGAGAGGAUAUAUCAAACACAAGAUACUGGAGGUAACUUUCAUGUACCCCAUGCAACUGGUUUCUUUGUAACCGAUCAAAAGGAAGCAACAAGUAGGAAAAAAUGGGUAAGGAAUGUAUCAGCAGGCAGAAACUUGAGAUCUAUUGUUCGACAGUAUGGAAUUGGUGUAAGAACUUACUUUGUAUGUCGUAAGCAGUUUCUCUGUGAGAUUCAUAUAUCAAGGCAACUUGUAAAUUCAUGUAAAGCAAUUAUCUAAAUAUGUAAAUUGAUGGCCACAGAUGAUAAUUCAAAACAAUACUUGAGCUCUUGGAAACCUUGGAACAAAUCUUACUCAGAAAUUUAGUAAUGAUUUUUUUUUUUUUCAUUAGCAAAUU